GCCGUGCCGGUGUUUUUCCACUCAGCAGGAUGGGUGAUGCUCAAAGCUCCCUCAUUAGACAACAGACACGAGAGGUCAGGAAGAAAGCGCUUAUAAAUUACCGUUUCCUCCAGCUCGGCGCUGCUAGUCGCGCCGCACCGCUCCGCCGGACGCGCCGCACCGCCGCAGGGGCGCAGCGGCGCGCAGGCACCGCGGCCAGCGGACGCAGGAAGAGAAAAUACAUUCAGGAGAGACUCUACUUCAUUGCCUCAUCCUAUGGAGGAAUCACCACUGCCCAUCUACAUUGAGGAGGGGACAGAAGUCCCGAUUGCCAAAAAGGAGUUGAUUGCUCUUGGCAUCAGUCAGAUCUGGACCCAGAAGACCACAGAAAGCAGAAAUAUGGCAACAAAGGAAAAGCUUCAGUGCUUGAAAGAUUUCCACAAGGACAUCCUCAAACCUUCCCCCGGCAAGAGCCCGGGGACACGGCCUGAGGAUGAGGCAGAAGGGAAGCCGCCCCAGCGGGAGAAGUGGGCGAGCAAGAUUGACUUUCUGCUGUCCGUGGCAGGUGGAUUUAUUGGUUUAGGCAAUGUCUGGCGGUUUCCGUAUCUCUGCUACAAAAAUGGCGGAGGUGCAUUUCUUAUACCCUAUUUCAUUUUCCUGUUUGGGGGAGGUCUUCCCGUGUUUUUCCUGGAGGUGGUGCUAGGACAGUAUACCUCUGAAGGUGGAAUUACAUGCUGGGAAAAGAUCUGCCCUAUUUUCACUGGAAUUGGUUAUGCUUCCAUAGUGAUUGUGUCCCUUCUGAACGUGUACUACAUUGUGAUCCUGGCCUGGGGACUCUACUACCUGUUCCAGUCGUUCCAGAGCGUCCUGCCGUGGGCCCACUGCCACCAGAAGUGGAACACGCCGACCUGCGUGGAAGACACUCUCAGGAAGAACAAAACACUUUGGAUAUCACUGAAUGCCACUAACUUCACCUCUCCUGUCACAGAGUUCUGGGAGCGCAAUGUACUGAGCUUGUCCUCAGGAAUUGAAGAUAUUGGUAUUAUCAAGUGGGAUCUAGCACUGUGUCUCCUCCUCGUCUGGGUGAUAUGUUUCUUCUGCAUUUGGAAAGGAGUCAAAUCCACUGGGAAAGUAGUGUACAUCACUGCCACCUUCCCGUUCAUCAUGCUCCUUGUUCUACUCAUCCGUGGCGUGACCCUGCCUGGAGCUGCAGAAGGCAUCAAGUUUUAUCUUUACCCUGAUAUCUCACGGUUAGCUGACCCACAGGUCUGGAUAGAUGCAGGGACACAAAUCUUCUUCUCAUAUGCAAUCUGCUUAGGAGCAAUGACUUCCCUGGGGAGCUACAACAAGUACAAAUACAACUGCUAUAGGGACUGUUUGCUGCUGGGAUGCCUGAACAGUGGUACCAGUUUUGUGUCUGGCUUCGCAAUUUUUUCCGUCCUGGGCUUCAUGGCACAAGAGCAAGGGGUGAACAUUGCUGAUGUGGCAGAGUCAGGUCCAGGCCUGGCCUUCAUUGCCUAUCCAAAAGCUGUGUCCAUGAUGCCACUGCCCACCUUUUGGGCAAUCCUUUUUUUUAUUAUGCUUCUGUUGCUUGGACUGGAUAGCCAGUUUGUUGAAGUUGAAGGACAGAUCACGUCAUUAGUUGAUCUGCACCCAUCCUUCCUAAGGAAGGGUUACCGACGGGAAAUCUUCAUCGCUAUAGUGUGUUUCCUUAGCUAUCUUCUGGGACUAACUAUGGUGACUGAGGGUGGCAUGUAUGUUUUUCAACUCUUUGACUACUAUGCAGCUAGUGGUGUAUGCCUUUUGUGGGUUGCAUUCUUUGAAUGUAUUGCUGUAGCCUGGGUUUAUGGCGCUGAUAAUAUUUAUGAUGCCAUUGAGGAUAUGAUUGGAUACAGACCUGGUCCCUGGAUGAAAUGGAGCUGGAUUGUGAUCACACCAGUUCUCUGCGUGGGGUGCUUUAUCUUUUCUUUGGCCAAGUACAAACCACUGACCUACAACAAGGUCUACACAUACCCAGACUGGGCUAUUGGCCUGGGCUGGGUUCUUGCCCUUUCCUCCAUGAUCUGCAUCCCUAUGGUGAUGGUCAUCCGCAUCAUUCAGUCAGAUGGGUCGCUCAUUGAGAGGAUAAAGGCGGUGGCUGCCCCCAAGGAAGUGAACCGGUGGUCCAAAGAAACGGAGAGCGGCACCCCCUUCUGCCCCAAUGGAACUUCGAAUGGCGGAUUGAUCAAGCCAACUCAUAUCAUUGUGGAAACCAUGAUGUGAGCUCUCUCUGUGAGAGGAUAAACCUGCUUUAACUGCCGUUUACUAACCAUAGAUUCUCAUAGGACCAGGUUUACAGAGCUUUAUAUUUGCACUAGGAUUUAUUUUUAUUUCUCACAGAGAAAGUUAUUUUUUGUGUGUGUGUUUUUUUUGGUUUUUUUUUUUUUAAUAUUUUGUAAGGUAAUCACAGCAGACGUCUCUCUGUAGAGGGAGAGCUUUCAUAUCAGACUAGACAUAUUACAGGAAUUUACUAGUAUUGGGUUUUUUUAAAUAUAUAUAUCUUUAUCUCUAAAUAUUAUACACCUUACCACUUGAAUUGAUUGUCUUACCAGCAAUACAUUCAAGUCUCAGAAAGCAAUUUUAGGUGCUGGUAUGGUUGGGAGCAGGGUAACCUACAGAACACACAAAAGGAGCUCUGUCGAGAGAUACAAUUUGUAAAAAAAUGCUGUUUCAAGAGAAUUUUCAAAGGUGUAGUAUUUCCACCCUCUGGUUCAAUUGUGGUAAACGACAGGCAUCAGGGUCACUUUAGGGAGUGGGUUUUGUUUAGCAAGUCCCUGAAUAAGGGUAUGGCCAAACAGCUGGAGCAGAGUUUGCAAGGGAAGCUGAGUGUGAAAGGCUUUGUGGCCAUCCCUCCCAGGGAUGGCGCUGGGACCUUGUCACACUGAUGGGGGAGGACUCGAGGAAGGCAUUUGCAGGAUUUGGCAUGGUUUUCAGGGGUUUUUUGUUAUUUUUUAGAACUUUAGGGUUUUUUUACCUGAGUGAAAUGCCUGCUGUUUGUGCGUGGGCAGGGAGGUUGAGUACCUACCUGCUCCUGAGUUUUCCAGCAAAGCAUAUUUUGAUGCAGUGACACUGGUGUAAACUUGAAUUCUGCAAACUGGGAUGGCAGCCUGUCCCCGCCGCAGUGGGGUGAGCACUGAGGAGCCAAGAGGGGAAAAGCAGUGCCUGCCUCAGGGUGCUUCAGAUGUUCACUUCCUCAUUUGGAUUUUGGUUUGGGGCAGAAAAAUAAAAGAAUCACUUCUGGACUCUGACCAUUCAGGAGUGAACACAAACCAGGUCAUCCCUGACAGGAGGAACAAAACCACUCACCUGGUGAACCGGUAUUGAUAACAGACACAUUGUUAAUAAUAAUAGUAAUGAUGAUAAUAAUAUCACACAGCAAACAGGUGCUUUUCAUCCAUGUAUCUCAAAAAUGUUUUUCCAAGUUUGGUAACCAGGAUUUGCUUUAUUUAUGUAUUUUUGGUGGGGACGGGGUGUGUUGGUCAUUGCUGUUGGAGGAACAGACAAGAGAACUCUGUAAGUCCCUUGUCACAUGUUACUAAAUAGCAGUAGUGGACCUAGAGCCCCUGGUCUCCUUGCUCAUCAUUGGGUUAAACCACAGUUUGAUUUGAUUUGGUUUGGUUUUCUGGGGGGAAAGGAGGUUUGAAGGCAUAUUUAUGAAUCUCAUAUGCUGAAGAAAGAGGGCUUUUUGGAAUUUAAAUUAAAGGGAACAUGUAACACUGAAAUAUUUUGUACUGAUCAGUAGGAAUUGGGUACCGUUCCAGGUGAGACUUGGGAGGAAAGAGAAACCACUACAAGGAGUGUAGGAAUGGGGAGGUCCACUUCGUGUGGUCCAGGUGAAUGUUUCCAUGGGGAAUUGAAUCCCUGAAGACUGUCCAAAAGCUGGACAAAAGCCUUUUUCUUUUUUCUUUUUUUUUUUUUUUAAACUUGAGCAGGUUGUGCUGGGAACAGGUUCUCUGGCAAAACUUGGCCUUUUCUUGUGGGCAUUGUAUUAGAGGAAGAAAGUUUUUUCUUGUGUACCACAGUUAGGCUAUCCAAAGGUAUUUAGAAGAAAUGCUUGAUAAAAGCAGAGUUUGCUUUUUCUGCUAUCAGCUUAGUCUGUCAGGGCAGAGUUUGUCAUUUAUCUAAACAGGAACAUAACCAGUUCUUAACAUUCCUACACAGUAGUUUUAUUUUAGUUUUUCUUGUCCCAUGGGCUAAGUGGCCACAGCAGCACAAACACUUGUUAACUUGUUGGUUUUCCUGUAACUGAAAAUGGGUGAUCUAAAACUAAGAGAUGGACCAAAAUAAUUAUUAAAGAAAGAAAAAAGUGGCUGCAUCUAUAACUUUCAAAAUCUUUCUAGUUGGAAUUUGUAGAUAUUUUUACAUCAGAUAGCUGAGUUGCAGCAACAAAACCAGCCACAGUAGAGUUACUUUUGUUUUCUUUUUCUGGUUGCUGUAUUAUGAGAGCUCUAAAUGAAACUUUUCCAAAGCUGCAGAUGGCAAACAUCUAAUGACACCUGCUAAGCAAGUGACAACAGCCAUCAAAGGUCACAGGAGGAAUUCUGAGAGUCACAGGGUGUCAUCAAAUGUGCCCAAAAUAAAGAAACAUGCAUACAGCUUUUUUUUUUUUUAAUAGCCUGUAACAAUCAAAGGCAAGGAAGCAUAAUCAAAGAUAACUCUCUUAGUGGGCUUCAUCUUGGACUCUCAUUUUUGAGUUACAAUUAGUGUCUGCAGCAAACAGGCACAGGUGACGAGGGAGUAGCAGGUUAGGGGGGGUCUAAAUGAAUGGUUUUUGUGAGUGCAGAUGAAACACUGAUGUUUGAUUUAUUUCUUUUUAUAUAUAUAUAUAUAUACACAUGCAUUGUCGUGCAACUGUGUUUGAGAUUUUAUAGUUUGCACAUCACUUUUGUGCUGUAGAGGUGAGACAAGCUUUAGUUAGGGGAAAAAAUGGUUUGACUACAUCAAAGAUGUCUCCAGCAAGUCAGCUGGGUAUUUAAACAUCUCCCAUGUUGGGAAGAGUGUCUUUGUGUGAAGAACCAGAGGGUUAAUACUACACCUUUAAAUAUACAACUACUAGAGAACUAGAACCCAGCCUCAUUUCGAUACAAACUGUGCCAUUCAAAUCAGUCGCUUCCAUGUUCCAAGUGAAAAUGUCUCGCAGAUAUGCAACAACCUCAUUGGAACAUUCUCUGUGUCAGCUUCUCUGGCCCUGCUGUGCUCCUUAGCACAACUGCAAGGGAGGUCUGGGACUCACCAAGAGCCAAGAAAUUAUUGUUUCUGGAAAACAGUUCCACUCUCCCCUCCCUCUUCCUUGAAAAAAACAGAAACAAAAAACAAAAA